GCGCUCCCAGCAAUUCUGGUGCUGCCCAGGAGCCCCGCGAAGUGACGCGGGGUUUCGCCGAGGAGAAAAGCGCUCGGAGCCCCGGGCUCGCUCCCUGACCAGCCGCGGCUCUGCGCCAGCCAUCGGGAUUUACACGCUCCUCCGGCUGCAUCUCAAACUCUUGGGCUUCCUGCGCUGCACUGUCCGCGGCAGCUCCGGUUGGCGAAGAGAUCUGUUGUUAUAAAGCCUGGACCUCCGGAGGAGAUGGAAGUUUUCUCCCUCAUCCUGGUCGUGUCCGUCUGUUGGACUCGAACCUGGAAAGCGGCGAUUGCAGAUUCAAUCAUUCAUAUCGGGGCAAUUUUUGAUGAAUCUGCCAAAAAAGAUGAGGAAGUUUUUCGAAUGGCAGUAGCUGAUCUCAACCAGAAUGAUGAAAUCUUACAAACAGAGAAAAUCACAUGUUCAGUGACAUUUGUGGAUGGCAACAAUCCUUUUCAGGCAGUUCAAGAAGCCUGUGACCUGAUGAACCAAGGCAUCCUGGCCCUUGUCAGCUCCAUUGGCUGCACAUCAGCAGGAUCCCUGCAGUCCCUGGCCGAUGCCAUGCACAUCCCUCACCUCUUCAUCCAGCGCUCCACAGCAGGAACGCCAAGGAGUGGCUGCGGGCUCACCAGGAGCAACCGCAACGACGACUACACACUCUCUGUGCGGCCCCCUGUCUACUUAAAUGAUGUCAUCUUGAGAGUGGUCACAGAAUAUGCCUGGCAAAAAUUCAUCAUUUUUUACGAUAAUGACUAUGAUAUCCGUGGAAUACAAGAAUUUUUAGACAAAGUAUCUCAACAGGGAAUGGAUGUAGCAUUACAGAAAGUAGAAAACAACAUCAAUAAAAUGAUCACAGGGCUCUUUGCCACUAUGAGAAUAGAAGAACUGAACCGCUACAGGGAUACCCUGAGACGGGCCAUUCUCAUAAUGAACCCUUCCACAGCCAAAUCAUUCCUGACAGAGGUCGUGGAGACUAAUUUGGUUGCUUUUGACUGUCACUGGAUCAUUAUAAAUGAGGAAAUAAAUGACGUGGAUGUGCAGGAGCUGGUGAGAAGGUCAAUUGGAAGGUUGACAAUUAUCCGACAGACAUUUCCAGUCCCCCAAAACAUAAGCCAGCGCUGUUUCCGUGGCAACCACAGAAUAUCUUCAUCACUGUGUGAUCCGAAGGACCCUUUCUCCCAAAGCAUGGAGAUUACAAACCUGUAUAUAUAUGAUACUGUCCUCCUGCUGGCAAAUGCCUUUCAUAAGAAGCUGGAGGACAGGAAGUGGCACAGCAUGGCCAGCCUCACCUGCAUCAGGAAGAAUUCUAAACCCUGGCAAGGAGGGCGAUCAAUGUUGGAAACCAUCAAGAAGGGUGGAGUGAAUGGCUUGACUGGAGAACUGGAAUUUGCAGAAAAUGGGGGCAAUCCCAAUGUGCAUUUUGAAAUUUUGGGGACAAACUAUGGAGAAGAUCUUGGCAGAGGCAUUCGUAAGCUUGGCUGCUGGAAUCCUGUAACUGGUCUGAAUGGGUCACUAACUGACAGAAAGCUGGAGAACAACAUGCGAGGAGUGGUUCUGCGUGUGGUGACUGUGUUGGAAGAACCCUUUGUAAUGGUGUCUGAAAAUGUUCUGGGAAAACCAAAGAAGUAUCAGGGAUUCUCAAUAGAUGUGCUGGAAGCCUUGGCCACUUACCUCGGCUUUAAAUAUGAAAUUUAUGUAGCACCGGAUCACAAGUAUGGGAGUCCUCAGGAAGAUGGGUCAUGGAACGGCCUGAUAGGAGAAUUGGUGUUUAAGAGAGCUGACAUCGGGAUCUCUGCCCUCACCAUCACCCCUGACAGGGAGAACGUGGUGGACUUCACAACGCGCUACAUGGACUACUCGGUGGGCGUGCUGCUGCGCAAGGCAGAGAAGACAGUGGACAUGUUUGCCUGCCUGGCCCCCUUUGACCUCUCCCUGUGGGCCUGCAUUGCUGGCACGGUGCUCCUAGUGGGGCUCCUGGUCUACCUCUUGAACUGGCUCAACCCCCCGCGCCUUCAGAUGGGAUCCAUGACGUCCACAACUCUCUACAACUCCAUGUGGUUUGUCUAUGGAUCCUUUGUGCAACAAGGAGGAGAGGUUCCAUACACAACCCUGGCAACCCGACUGAUGAUGGGAGCCUGGUGGCUUUUUGCUUUGAUUGUCAUCUCCUCCUACACGGCCAACCUAGCAGCUUUCCUCACCAUCACACGCAUUGAGAACUCUAUCCAGUCUCUCCAGGAUCUCUCGAGGCAGACGGACAUUCCUUACGGCACAGUGCUGGACUCGGCAGUGUACGAGCACGUGCGGGUGAAAGGGAUGAACCCUUUCGAGAGGGACAGCAUGUAUUCCCAGAUGUGGCGCAUGAUCAACAGGAGCAACGGCUCCGAGAACAACGUCCUGGAGUCCACUGCAGGCAUUCAGAAGGUGAAAUACGGGAACUACGCCUUUGUGUGGGACGCGGCGGUGCUGGAGUACGUGGCCAUCAACGAUGCGGAGUGCUCCUUCUACACGGUCGGGAACACUGUGGCGGACAGAGGAUACGGGAUCGCCCUGCAGCAUGGCAGCCCCUACCGAGACGUCUUCUCACAAAGGAUUUUGGAGCUGCAGCAGAAUGGCGACAUGGACGUACUGAAGCAUAAGUGGUGGCCGAAGAACGGUCAGUGUGAUCUUUACUCAUCUGUGGAUACCAAACAGAAAGGAGGUGCCCUGGACAUAAAAAGUUUUGCAGGUGUUUUCUGCAUCCUCGCUGCAGGGAUUGUCCUAUCCUGUUUCAUUGCAAUGUUGGAAACGUGGUGGAAUAAAAGGAAAGGCUCCCGGGUUCCAUCAAAAGAGAUCUGGACCGGACCAUUAUUAAAAGGAAAAAAAAAAAGGAAUCUCUAGUCUUUAAAUUUGGUUUCUCAGGAAUGGAAACCAUGUAGUUUCACCUGGUAAAUUAUUUUAAAAACCUAACAUUUACUUGAUUAUUGUUUACCCAAAGAUUCAGAACUUCAUACUUUAUAUUUAUCUGGUGCAAAACAUGAAAACCAGUAACAAGGAAAAGAAAAAAAACACCAACACAGAUAUUUUACACAAAUAUAAAUUUUUUUAUUUCAAUUUUCAAAUGCUGAGAAAUUCAAGUGUGUACUUUCCACAAAUGGUAUAAUUUGGCCUCCUUGAUCUUUAUUAUAUGGUCAUUAGCUUAGCAUUGAAACGCUUAUCUCAACGUUAAAUUGAAAAGCUUGGCUCAAAACUGAGUUUAACGUGGACGUAUAUGCUGAAUGCCCCCAUUAUCCUGGAUGUGGGGGUCAUCCAGCAAAGAAAUACAUCUUAACUAACUUUCUUGAAAUUCAUUUUAGCUUCCAUGAAAUCCAUUGGCUCUUCCAGGCCACUAGUCCAGAAUCGGGGGUCAGAUUGGGCCAGUUUGUGGUCAGCAAGCCAACCCUUUUUCCUGGUGGCUGCCAUCUUGUGCUCCAGAAUGCAAGCAUUUAUACUGAAAAAAAAUUGUCUAAUGGUUGCGAAGAUAACAUUUCGGUCGCGUGCCAGAAGUAACCCAUUCACUGAUGUCUGCCUGAGUCUGCAGACAGCCUUAAACAGUAGCUCUGAGAGAAGUAUGAACCGCCCCAGUAAUCACAAUGGGAUGUUGACUCUGAAGCCUGAUGAUAAUUUAAAUGUGAAAACUGCUGAAUAUUUCACUACUGAUCACACAAGAGAGAAGAGGAAAGAUCAUAUUAUGGAGAUAUGCACAAUCUUACUGUGAGUGGGUCUCAUUUUGGUGUAUCGAUUGGGUGGAGAUUGGGUUGUGGGCUAAGCAUGGGAGAUUAUCACCGCUUAUAUAUUUUCACUGGUCUGACCCUAGCCCCAAAUGCAUCUCUGUAAAAGAAAGAGGACUAUUUUGAGUUACGCUUAGAGGCUCAGAAACUGAAAUUCCAAUCUUUUCCCAACUGGCUUUUUAAAUUACAAAGUAUUUGCAUGUUUGUUUUUUUCAAAAUUAAAAGCAAACAAACAAAAACUAGAAAAAAAAAAAAGGAAAAUAUUUAGGACUGUCCCUCAGAGACAUAGUCAUGACUUGCACACGCUAAUCGAGCCUCUGUAUAUUUCUUUAGCUUCUGAUGUGGCCCCACUUCUCCUGCAUCCAUAUGCAGUUCCAAAUUUUUUGAGGAGAUAGCGUUUGGUGAAUGCGUUUGGAUUUGAUGUCACCUGUGUGGUUGUUAUGUGCAUCCAUGUCUAUGUCCACCUGUGAAUAAACGAUAGACAGAAAGAUAAGUCAGAGAAAUGAGCACUGCAUUUUUUCCUUCCCGUGAUGAGCUCCGACCAGAGCCCUCGUGGUCAGUGAUCAUCCAGUCCCUGGGAGAUCCCUGAUGCCCUGUUCCCUUCCCCUUUUUCCCUGGUUUUGUCUCCCUGUCCCUGCCCUUGGAGGGUGCAGCCCUGGAGGGAAGCUGGCCUCUCAGUCUCCUUCCAGUCGGGCUCUGUGUUCGGCGUGGUGCCAGCGCAAAUGUUCCGUGAUCCUUUCUGCUAAGUAGAUGAACUCCUGCAGUUUGUUCUAGGUGUGGACUUCAUUCUAGGCUUGACUUCAUUCCUAGAGAAAGGAGGGAUCUCAAGUCCAUUUGGUAUACUAGGAGUUUUGCCAUUGAUUCAGGGAGCUCUGGAUCAAGCCAGUCAAUGAAUUUCAGUAAUCAAGGCUGGAAGUCAUCAAUGCACAUCUAUCGGCUGCCUAAUUAUCCUCUGUGAGGUCCUAAAGUGUGAGAUAUUUCUAGUGGCCUGGAAGAGCCAGUAAAUUUCACAGAGAUUAAGGUAAAUUUUGAGGUUAGUUGAAAUUGAUUUUUGUUCUAAAUGAGCUGCACUGCUUAGACUGAGGGAAUAUCCCUGUACGUGUGUACUUAAUGCUGCUUUGAAUUAAGCUUUGCAGUUCAGCAGAAAUAUGUAUGUACAACACAGGUGAUUUAUUGGGUCACCUAGAGCUUUCUCCUCUUUUUUAACUUCUAUGCAUUCAAAUUUUCAAUUAUAACAAACAAACCUGUUUAACUGUAUUCUCUGGGAAGAGAGAUUUAAGAACGAAAAGGGAUAGAGGUAAGAGAAGCGAUGAUACAAUAACUACUUCAGGCUGCCUUCUCUUCUCACCCACAAAAGUAUAAUUCCAUCAGAAUAGAUGGAAUUUCUUCUUUGUAGGUGAGGAGAUAAUUAAUCCCUCUGUUGGCAUUGCAAUUUAAAAUUGCCUGGUGUACUCCUUUCUGUUCAAUGUCAAUGAGUCACCAGCGCUUGGGGUUUUUUCUCUGUAUGUUCAGCUUUUCUAUACCACAAUUUACAUUAUAAAGGCAAAAUGGAACCUGAGAAGGUUCUAGCCCUUCCUUAAACCCUGAGACAAUGACAAAGAUGGCAACCUGAUCCCUCAGAGCCUCUCAUGUUGACAUCCAAAUUUAGUUCUCAUUGCAGAGUUGAAGAACUGGCAUCAUUCCAGGCAUUUGAUAUUAUGCAGUUUACUUUUAUUCAGCUGUUGCUAGUCUAACCCACCUAGCUGCGAGCUUGCCUUUUCCUGGAAAGCUACCUGUGGCGCUUUGGGUUUUGUUGUUUGGAUCCAGGGUUUGAAGGUAGCUGUGAUGUAAGGGUCUGCCUCAUUUUGGCUUUGCCCACCUGGCGUCAGGCGGUGGGGGAGUUCACUGGUGACAUCCAGGACACCGUCAGCCAAGAGCCAGCUCUAGUCAGUUGUGCCUUGUGCUCCCUGAGCAGUGCUGAUCACCCUGUGAAACUUCAGCCCAGCACAAAUGGCGAUGGUGAGUGGUGCCUCUUGUUUUUCUCAUUCCCCAGGACGACAAGGAGAUCGACCUGGAGCACCUCCACAGGCGCGUGAACAGCCUCUGCACAGACGACGACAGUCCCCAUAAACAGUUCUCCACCUCAUCGAUUGACUUGACCCCGCUGGACAUUGACACUUUACCCACACGUCAGGCACUGGAGCAAAUCAGUGACUUCAGGAACACUCACAUCACCACAACCACCUUCAUACCAGAGCAGAUCCAGACUCUGAGCCGCACGCUGUCUGCUAAAGCCGCCUCGGGAUUCUCCUUCGGCAGCGUGCCUGAGCACCGAACUGGCCCUUUCAGGCACAGGGCACCCAACGGAGGCUUUUUCAGAAGCCCCAUCAAAACAAUGUCAUCUAUCCCUUACCAACCAACUCCUACCCUGGGCCUGAAUAUUGGUAGCGACCCAGACCGAGGCACCUCCAUCUGAGCAUCAGAACAAGUUUCUUCACUGUUUCUUAUUUAGGACUCCGUUUGCAAGGAGCAGCUGUAAUAUUGUGGGACUAACAUGGAUGUAACCUUUCUUCUUUUCCUUAUUUUUUGGUUUUGAGGGUUGUGGUUUGGGGUUUUGGUUGUUUUUUUUAUUUGUUUGAGGGUUAUUUUCUCUUCAGGGGUUGUUUUGGGCCUUUUUUUCUUUAUUUUAUUUAAGAAUCAUAAUUAUUAGUAGCAACUCUUCCUCCUCCUCUUCUCUGCUUUCACAGUCUGGUCUCUUCUGCCUCCCCUUAUUCUCUGUACUACUUGAAUCACUUAUUCUUUGGUUUAUCAACAUGUUAGGUUUUGGUUACUUCAGGCCUUUCAUAUACUUUAAAUAUAGGAAACAAGCAGUGAUUCAUGCAUAGGAGAACCCUGAGGAUUACUUUACAGAAGGGCAUUCGCUCCUCCUCCCCCACCGCCUUUUUUUACUAUAAUUGCAAUAACUGAAGUAUUUUUCAUGUACUCUGCUGCAUCCAGUCAGUGCUCCACUGCUCUGUGUCCUUUUAACUGUGGACCAAAGGCAAACCCUGCAGUUUAAAAAAUGGAAAAUGAAAAAAAAGGCAAAAAGAUGAAAAAAAACACAAAAAAAGGAAAGGAAAACAAAUAAAGUUCAAAGAUCAUUCAGGCCCUAUAAUAUAAGAAUGCAAUUUUGUAGGAUUACAAAAAGCCAUUACUAUGCCAGUAAAGACUACAGUUAAAUCUACUUUUGCACUGCAACAGUGCAUAUGAUCUUUAUGUGAUUGUACAUUGUUAAAAAUUUUUCUUAUGUACAGUAAGCUGUAUCAUAUGGCAGAAGCCUCUGUUGUGUUAAAUAAAUUAAUAUCUCAUACAUAUAUAUAUACACACAUAUACACACAUAUAUGUGUGUGUGUAUAUAUACACAUGUAUAUAUAGCUAUAAAAAUGGCAGCUGUUGCUAUCGCAAUUAAUUUAAUAAAGCUUUAGUAAAAAUGUGUUGUAUACAAGAGAGAUGUACAGUGCAGGGUGUCUUUUCAUUUAGAAAAGACAGGUUGCUUUAACAUUAUUCUGACUUGCAUCGUUUGCCAACAGAGCAUAUUUUAUACUUUUCUAUUAGAGCAUCCAGGGCAAUUUAACAUUUGUACCUAGAUGUAACUCCUUUGGUUAGGUUUUGCAUUGGCUUUUGAGCAUUCUAUAAGACUAAUCUUGAUAAUUUUCCUUUUAAUAAAUUAAACAAAUGGAACUCUCUCUUAGAUAUACCAUGUUCAUGAACAACUGAUAUAGCUCUAGAGCAGUUACACAUGGAUCAAACGUCAAUAAAUCCUUUUCCAAGUCAGCACAGUUAAUCAAUACAAUAAUGGUGUGAGUGGAGGAAAAAAAAAAAAAAGCCCUCAAGAUACACAGAUGUGGCCUUAAUUAUAAUCAUGUAUUGUUCUAAGGGAAAAAAAUAUGAACAGGCACCCAGUUUAACCCUUUCUCUGUUAAGUUAGAUUUAGAGGAGAUAUGUAUUUUUUACAUUAGUGCCAACUGUAUAAAGCAAGAAAAAGAACAGCAGUGAGAGCAAAACCGGUGCCCACUUUGGCACCAGCUUUUUCAAGUAACAUUGUUACCUGUUAGAUACAUAGGAAGAGCUUUCAAUUUGUAAUCCUUAAACUAAAAACGCAGUUAAGUAGAAAGCAAGCAGUUUAUCCUGUGAGUUUUUUCAUUUGGUUUUCUUUUUAAUGCAACCAUACACUUAUUUUAAUCUAACUCAUUAUUUGGCUAAGAUUAAUAGGAAUCAGCCUAUGUGAUUUGCUUUAGGAUAAAUUAAAAGGUAUAUUCUUCAGAUCUAUUCUAUUUUGAUGCUAAUUCUGUUCUGGGGGAGCAUCUUGUACUGUCACUGUUUUUUGUACUAAAUCUUCAAAUAUUGUCUACUGUGUAAGGCAGAACGAAUUCUUAUGUGCAAAAGGCCAUUUUGUUUCCAGGGUAGCAAGUGUCUAAAAGCAUGCACAACUUGCUUCCCCCUUGUAACAUUCAUGAACUCAUCCACACUUCUGAGUAAAAGAAAAAAGAGAAAAGAAAAAAAAAAAAAAAAAAAAAGAAAAUUUCUUUCCAACAAGCUACGUAGGGACAUACCAGAUGUUGCAGUGAUUUUAGCUAUUAAAAAAUCUGUUAACCAUGUACAAUAUUUAAAAUAGGCCUAUUUUGAUGUGUUGCCUAUUAUACAGAUACACAAAACACUUUUUGGAAGCCUCAGUUACAAGUGGCAGAGCUUUCUGUGUAUAAUUUGUCUAAAUAAUUUGUCUAAUAAAAUUGUUUUCUAAA